AAAGUAAAAGUUCAAAAUUAUAAAGUAUCCACAUCACUUUUUUACUUAUUUAUUAUGGCCAUCAAUUGAGCUAUGAGAAUUCGGGAUUUCAAUGUUAGUCAAACUAACCACGCAUAUCCAGUAGAAUUCAAAUACUUGUACUUUUGCAUUCAGAAACUCGUAAAUAAGAAAGUCACACUCAGUUUGAAAUAUGAACAAUUAAAAACUCCUGAAAUAUAUUCAACAUUAAUAAAGCCAUUGAUUGAAUCAACCAUCAAAUUUUCAGAAAACAAAAUCGUUGACAGUAAUAGAAACAACAAGUAUAGUGAUGAUUCUAAUAAAGUAUCCAACUAUGUAGUAUUCAUAUUACUUCUUAUUAGAUAUGAGUUUCUCAUUCAAUCUGAAAAUAAUUUGAUUUUAUUUGAGUUAUUAAUCACUAAGGCAAAUGUAUGCGAACUUUUGGCUAUUAGAAUGCUACGAGAAUAUAAAUCAUAUAACAGAAUCAAAUUAUUAUUUAUGAAACCUAUGAAUUCAGAUAAUUUCAAUACUUUAGAAUUAGGUGUGUUAAGUAAUUCCAAAAGAUUUUUAUCACAACCCAUUAUUGUAAGGAUACUUGAUAGAUUUUAUAAGGGAGAGUUAAUAGAUAUUAGUGAUAAUAAUUCAGUAGGAAAUUCCAACAGCACAUACAAUGAGAAUGAUGACGAAAAUGGAUUAUUCAAUCAUGACAUAGUUAAUUAUAAAUUCAACAAAAUAUCCUUUAAGAACGUCAUCAAAAGAUCUAACAUUGUUCCAAAGUACCAAUCCAUAGUAAUUAAUUUAAAGUUAACUUGUUUCAUGGCAUUAUAUUUCUUCAUCAUAUUAAAUAAGAAAAAGAUUGUUAGUGAUUUCCAAGAUAUCCUAGUCACAAGUGCUGAAAUAGUGUUCUGGUUAAUGGGAUUCAAUUUCAAUCUAGAGUUUAUAAUUAAACUCAUAAAUAUUGAAAUGAAAUACUUCAAUAUGAUAAUUUGGAACUAUAUUGAUUUCAUAUUAAUUUUACUUAUUGACACUGCAUUUAUCCUAAAAGUCAUCAAACUGGACUACUUCGAUGAUUUAUUUAGCGUUAUUUCAAUUGUGUUGGUCCCUCGAAUCUUAUCAAUGUUCAAUAAUUAUCGUUUUUUCAAUCUUAUUAUUGUAUCAUUUAAUCGAAUGAUGUUUAAUUUGAUUGGAUUGAUAUGCUUCUUUAUAACAUUAAUCAGUGGAUUUUAUUUUAGUUUUAUUUCUUUAUCGAAAAACCGUUCCAAUUAUGAUAUAAUGUUUGAUAUGACAAAGAUUUUCUUCGGGUUCACUCCAUCGGUUUGGAAUAAUUGGGAUAAUUAUAAUACCUUAGGGAAAAUCAUUCAAAUGGGAUAUUUAUUUUUAAUUCAAUUUAUAAUUGGGACUAUUUUAGCUAUUGUUUUAGGACAAAUUUUUUCAAAAGUCAAUGAUAAUAAUCAAGAAGAAUUCAACUACUUCAAAUCUAUUAACCUUAUCUUAUAUUUCAAAAUGGCAAAGCUAAAUAACAAUAAAGGGUUUGGUUCAGUAAUUUUAAAUAUAUUCAAAUUACCAAUUAUCAUCGUGAUCUUUAUUUAUGAACUAAUGUUAUCAAAAUUGAGUUACAAACCAAGUAUUAUUUUAAACAAUAAUGAAUUAAAACAUUUCACAUUUUUAAAUAAAGAUGAUUAUGACUUGGAUUACCUUUCAAUUCAAGAGAAUUAUGAUGAAGAAAGUUUAUUAAUUCAGAAAUCGAGAAGAACUCCUUCACAAUUCAAGAGAAGAUAUAGUAAUAAACAACCCCAAAUGUUGACAACACCUAAAUUAAACCAAGUUCAGUCAAUCAGUACAUUAGGAGGUAAUUAUCGUAGUGCAUCUACAGACUCUACAUUUAUAGAUGAGUUGCUCAAUAAAAAGUAUGGGAGUAAUAAUAACGUAUCCAAUUUGUCAAGAAGCAUAGAAAGGACAAAAACUAAUAAUAGCAUGAAAGCACCUAAUCGAGCAUUCCAAAAGAAAUCAUCUAUGGAAAUAUUGAAUAGAUUGAAGAAUUUAGAGAUGUUAUUGUUGAAUAAUCUUCGAGAAAUUAACGAUAUGGAAUCUGUUGUAGUUCAGAAUGAACUUCCAACUGAUUACUACGAAACAAAUGUAGUAUUCCAACCACAUUCGUUACCACAAACUAUUGGCCUGCCACGACAACUGCCUCAAAAUCAGGAUGGAAUAUACGACAUUGAUGAGCAAUCUCUAGAUGAUAUUGAUCUGAUACAAUCAGAUGCGGCUACAAUAGAAGAGCCGCGACCAUAUGAUCAAGACUUUGACGAUGAUGAUGGCCCACACUACGAAGAAGACAAUGGGUCUGACACAGACAAAAUCAGCAGCGAUGGUAGCUUUGAGUCAGAUGAUACAUACUAAUAUAUAUGACUGCAAAAUAUAAACAUUUAUUAUUUCUCAUAAUUAUUUUGUAUCGGAAAUUUAUGUCAAAAAACCUUAGAGGAAGUCUUUGCCUAAUUAGGCAAUCCGACCGCUUACUUUUUGUAUUGUGAUGAUUGGCUCGACGAAGUUUUAAGUCAUAUAAUGCAAGAUAGUAAAAAAUCAUAUGAACAUUAUAUAAAUCUACUUAAAUCGCUCUGAAAACUGUAGCACCUUUGCAGACCAACUCUAGUAGGUAUACUCAUUCUUUUAUACCAUUGUCGUUAAGAGUCAUUUGUUCUAUCGAGAACCUUAACAUUGGGGCCG